AACAAGUGUCUUCUUCAUUUGUGGCUAAAAUGAAUGGAACUGUGCACUACGCUAUGGUGGCUUUGCGUCAGACAUCCGGUUGCAAGAUCAUUGCGGAUUAUUCCACGAAUCCAAACCCGGUCUAUCGUACUAUCGCUCUCAGUACUAUCGAUGGUCUAAAAACCGUCGAGGACGACAAGAUCAGCGUCGAUAACAGUAGAUAUACGGUACAUGUGCUGAUUGGGGAACUUUACUAUAUUUGUUUGACAUCGAAAGUGAACUGCCCCUCAUCAGCGAUAUGGGUAGAAUCGUGCUCUCAAAUAUUUUUGCAGAGGCUACGGGCAGUUUAUAAAGAUUUACCAUUAGCAGAUUUGUCGAAAAAUUUAAUCAAUCUCACGGAAGAUGAGUUCUCAAAACCAUUAAAAAAAAUAAUUGAAGAAUAUAAUCAAGGUAUUGGCUGUAAGAAUCUGACUUCAAAGUUAGAAGAAGAAUUGAUUGAAGUACGUCGCAUUUUGAUGAAUGGAGUCCAAAAGUUGAUUGAUAGGGGCGAAAGGUUGGACGAACUCAUCCGAAAGACGCAAAAUCUCGAAAUUUCGGCUUGGUUCCGUGGUAUCAUUACCCGCAAUCAUCUUCGUAAACUUCACGAAAAGGCGACGAUUCUGCAACGUCAUUGGCGCGGUUAUUAUACCAGGAUGUUCAUCAUUAAUCAGUAUUUGGUCAUACGUGUUCACCAGAUGUGGCAAGAUCAUUACAAUAAUAUGGCAAUGAGAAUCCAAGCCGUUUGGAGGGGAUAUUGGUCUAGAAAAACAAAGAUCAAUUUUUUGCAGUUUCAACGAUGGUUGAAAAAUGUUUAUAUAAAGAACAAUGAAACUUUAGAAAACAUGCAAAGAUUUAGACAACGAGAGUUUGAGCAUAUGGAAAGUUUAAUUGAACAAGAAGCAAUGCUUUGGAUUUUAUUUAUUUUGUUUAAGGUAAAAUAA